AUGGACGACAAUAACAACAACGACAGCUACAUCCAGAUUGGUGGAAGUGUUAGCGGGAGCAGUAUCACCGAAACAGACGAAGUCCUGGAUGAGGAGUGCCAAAGCAGUGUCGACAAAAGCCAAGUGUCGGAAGCCGAUGGACUUUGCGAUGACGCCGUAACACCCGAACAAAAAGACAAAGAGACGCUGUCUCUUGUGGAUUUUGGCGUUGAUGAUGAAGAUAAUAAUUCACAUGAUCAAUCUCUUUUUUCUGUAAACUCAGCAGAGGCUCGAGAAAGGGCCAUUCAAGAUGGUUUCCUCGCCUUUCUUACGGGCUACGUACAGAAUGAUGUCUUUGCCCGCUUCAUGGAAUUUCUGACCAAGAUAUGGGGCUUUUUGAUGAAGAAGAUAGGUCGGGGACAGAGCGAUGGAGAUGAUCAGGAUUUUGGGGCAGAGGAUUUGGCUGAAGAAUUGAUGGACAUCGCAGAUCCAGGGCUGACCAAUUUGAACUCUGGCUUUAACACCAGCAUGCAUAGUGUCACCAGUAGUGGAGGAGGUGGUGGUGGGACGGCACCUGGCCCUCCUCCAGGAGUAGCGGAGAUGGCAUCCGCUGCCGCAAACAGCGCUGCAAGUGGAGCAGCCAGUGGGGCAGCAGCUGGAGCAGGGGCAGCCACCGCCGGUGGAUUGGGUGGCUUGGCAGGAAUGGCGGGAGCUGUGGCAGGAGCCGGGGCCGCAACACAAGGUGGAAUUGCAAUGGGAGUUGCUGCUGUUACAGCGGCUGUUGUUUCUACUGGAGUAACCGUCAACAAUGUUACGAUGCCAGUUGCCUAUGAUUCCACCUUUGUGCCACCAGUGUGCUCGGAAGCUUCUGUAAAGAAAAUAGGGUUUGUUGAACUCCAAGUGCAGGCCUUGCCCCCAGAGGCUAUUGAAACUCGGAAAUCGGUUCUCGAAGAGUGA